AUGGAUGAUUAUAAUGAACGGAACUCGAUUUAUUCGUUUGACUCGGUUAGUACUAAUGGUAGAUUAUUAGAUCGGUUAGGUCUUGAUAAUGAUACUUCAGAUGAUCAAGUCAAUGAUCAUGCUAACAAUCACUCAAAUAACGAAAUUCCUUAUAAUAAUGUGUUUAAUAAUGACUCUAAUGACCCAAUACCACUUGAUGAUGAUAAUGAUGAAUUUGACCCACUGCGGAGAGACUCAAUGAUUUCAAUUCAAUCUACGGGAAGGUUACUAGAUCGUCUAGGCUUAGAUGAUGACGAAUUUGUUAAAAGAAAUUCAACUAUACAAAAACCUCAUCAACCAAGACCAACUAAUCCAAGACAGCCUAAUUUACCUCAACAUCAACAACGCCAACCUACAAAUCAACAACGCCAACCUACAAAUCAUUUGGCUGGAAAUCUUCAGCAUCAACAUCAACAACGCCAACCUACAAAUCAUUUAACUGGAAAUCUUCAGCAUCAACGUCAUCCUCCUAAUCAUUUACCAAGGAACCCUCAACAAGCUCAACAGUUUUUAAACAGUGUGAUCAAUAAACCAAAACCCAACAAUCAAAAUCAACAACAACAAGCUUUACAAAGGAAAAAAUCAGUUAAUGUUAAAAACGUUAAUGUAGUUUACUCGAAAAGAUCAAACUCAAUUAGCUCGUUCAGCGCUGAUUUCCAAUUAUCAAGAAAUUCUUCAAUGAAGUCGGAAUAUACCGUUGAUCAGCCAAUUGAAGACGAUUCCGAUAAUGAAACCAUUAAUUCGGUUGAUACCUACACCGGUAACUCUAGUGCUUCAAUUGGAAUAAUCGAAAAUGAUUUAUAUAAUGACGAUACAAGCAUUUCAGACGAUGAAGUCUUUAAACAUCCGGGACCAAUUGAUCAAACUUUGCGGAACUCGAAUGAAUCUUUGGCUGACUCUUUAGAUUUGAAAUCAGCAGCAAAUGUUGAAUCAUUUAAUCCUCCAAACGCUCUUCCCCACAACCUUUUAGGCAGAAGUCCAAGUGCACCAAUUGUUUCGACAAAUUCUUCCAAUGAUUCUUUUCCUAAACCUCCUAGCUUAUCUCCUCAGCAAAGAAGAGUUACCUCAGAUAAUAUAAAUACCAGUCCUUCAUCAAUAAGUUCAAGCCCUAAUCCGUCACCAGCUCCUCCAAACUCAGAAUUAUCAGUUGAAUCAAGAACCAAAAUGGCUAUACAACUACGUAGUAUGGGAAAUCAUCGUGAAGCUUCUUACCAAUUACAAAUAGCCGCCAAUCGUCCAAACAAUUAUCCAAAGGCCAUGUAUCUCUAUGCUUUGGCUUUGAGAUUCGGUCAAGGGGUUAAGAAAAACGAUCGUCAUUGUUUAAAAUGGUUAGUUAAAAGUAUUUUAAUCUCAAUCAUGUAUGACACUUUGAGAUCUUCUGAUGCCCCAAAUAUUUCAAUAACUUUGAAUAACUACGUGACCAAGUUGAACGAUUUACAACCAGAAGAAAUGAUUUCAAUGAUUUACAAAUCGUUAUUAAAAGAAAAAGAUUAUGAUGAUCCAAUUAAAAUAUAUAAUCACUUUAAUCAAAUGGGUGAAUCCAAUUUAUCAAAAUUAAUCAAUAAUUUAAAUAAACAGAAUAAUGUAAUUCCAUUAUAA